GGGGCGUCAUUCAAUGGGCGUGUCUUCGGGACAGCUGGCGGUAGGGUGUUCACUUCCCUGCUUUCCGUUGGAUGGUGGUCAGAACAACAACAUUGCUGCCCGGCCUCACCAUGACGGUCCCCGGCCUCGGAACAAUGAUCUGGGCCGCUCUUUUAGCCAUCCACCAGGCGGCAGCGGAGCACGGCAUGGCUCAUUUCAGCGAUGACAACAAAGGGAAGGACUACUGCAUCUUCUUUAACUCGCAAUGGGCACGUCUGCCUCAGGACCUCAACAAGGCGUCGCGUCUCCAGAUCCACGACCUGACCGCAUCGGUCUUGUGCUCGCCCGCCGACGUCCCGGAGGGCGGCUUCCCCAACCGCAUCGCCAUGGUGAUGAGGGGUAACUGCACCUUCUACGAGAAGGUCCGCCUGGCACAGAUGAACGGCGCCAAGGGCCUGCUCAUUGUCAGCAAGGACAGACUGACGCCACCAGCGGGAAACAAGAGCCAGUACGAGGAGAUUGACAUCCCCGUCGCGCUGCUCAGCUACUCUGACAUGCUGGAGAUAAGCAAGAUGUUUGCCAAAGGCAGACUGGUGGCCAUGUACGCUCCCAAAGAGCCGGUGCUGGACUACAACAUGGUCAUCAUCUUCCUCAUGGCUGUGGGAACCGUCGCCGUCGGUGGCCACUGGGCCGGCAGCAAAGACCGUAAGAAGCGCUACAUGAAGCACAAGCGUGACGAUGGGGCGGACAAGCAGGACGAGGAGACGCUGGAUGUGACUCCCAUCAUGAUCUGCGUCUUUGUGGUCAUGUGCUGCAGCAUGCUGGUGCUGCUCUACUUCUUCUACGACAGCCUGGCAAUUUGGGUGAUAGCCAUUUUCUGCCUGGCGUCAUCCGUGGGGCUCUACAGCUGCUUGUGGCCCUUUGUGCGCCGCUUUCCUUUCUGCAAGUGCAGAAUUCCGGAGAACAACCUUCCCUACUUGCACAAGCGUCCUCAGGUGCGCGCCCUGCUGCUGUCUGCACUCUGCGUGGGCGUCAGCAUCACCUGGAUGGUGUUUCGCAAUGAGGAUCAGUGGGCGUGGGUGCUGCAGGACACCCUGGGUAUCGCCUUCUGCCUCUACAUGCUCAAGACUGUCAGACUGCCCACAUUUAAGGCUUGCACUUUACUACUGACGGUGCUCUUUGUCUACGACGUCUUUUUCGUGUUCAUCACGCCCUUCUUCACAAAGAGCGGCGAGAGCAUCAUGGUGGAGGUGGCCGCGGGCCCUUCCGACUCAGCCACGCACGAAAAGCUUCCGAUGGUGCUCAAGGUGCCGCGCUUGAACUCCUCACCCCUGGCCCUCUGCGAUCGUCCCUUCUCCCUGCUGGGCUUUGGCGACAUCCUGGUGCCAGGCUUGCUGGUGGUGUACUGCCACCGCUUUGACAUUUUGACUCAGUCCUCCAGGAUCUACUUUGUGGCCUGUACGAUUGCGUACGGCGUGGGCCUGAUGAUCACUUUCGUGGCGCUGGCCCUGAUGCAGAUGGGCCAGCCAGCCUUGCUCUACCUGGUGCCUUGCACUCUGCUCACCAGCCUGGCGGUGGCGCUGUGGCGAAGGGAGCUGUCUCAGUUCUGGACCGGCAGCGGAUUUGUGCCUGCCGUAGCGCUCGCUCCCAUCAAGUGUACACAAACGGCGGGGAUGCAAGCCGAGGGGUCAGCGGGCGCCGACGCAGCCGAUCACGGCCAAGACCCCGGUCCGCCACAGGACAUGCCCCUGGCUGAAAACGAGGAAAAGCUCAACUAAUAGCGCAUGUGUCCGUCUUGAGUUUAUUUUCCGUAUCGUGUUGCGACACACGUGGACGUUAAAAAGGACAAAGAGGCGCCGCAAUGUGUGUUGAUACCUCACUUUUUAAAGGGAAUGAGAGCUGGGAGGGAAUACGUUUGCCCGACACCACAGCAUUAGCUUACAUGUAUCAUUGCUGUCCAACAAAAAGCGUGGAUCUCCACAUCUGAAUUACAUUCAAUAUCCACAAAAGAUUUGAGAUGUUUUUAGAUUUUUAAAAAAAGACAUUGUCAAUAUUUCAGGGAAAAACAAAGUCCAAUAAAAAACAUGGCUCUUUAAAUUUUAAAUUAAAAACAAUGACUGCCCUAUAUAUAAACAACAAACCUGCAACAAUUUGUGCUUCUCUCUCUUCAUCUGGAAUUCCAUUUUUUUUAGUGCUGCUUUUUAUAUCAAAAAAUUAAAUCCCUUCCCUCCCUUUCAUGUUUAAAAAUAAUAAUUUUCUGUCAAGACAAAAGUUCAAGUAAAAAUGAGGGAAAUGUGUAGAUGUUGCUUUAAGUUGAUCAGCUAUGGUGCCAUUCAUGCGUCUUGUGACACAAGUGUGAGUUGGUGUGAUCACGGUUGUUGACUGAGCCAAACUUUUUUUUUUUAAUUUAAAAUUCCUUUUUUUGCUAUGUAUUCUUUUUUGUUUUGUUUUGCAUGCGGUGGUGUGGAUUCUCUACCUAGUAUUACAAAUGAAUUAUAACCUAUAGUGCAGACAUGAUAUAUUGAGUGCAGCAAACGUUUUUUAAAAGUAAAUAAAUAAAAAUGUAGCACUUUGGAUCCCUACAGGAGUCAUUCAAGUUACAAGAGAUCAAGUUAGAUUGUGUGGGCGGCCCGGUAGGCCAGUGGUUAGCACGUCGGCUUCACAGUGCAGAGGUACCGGGUUCAAUUCCUGUGUGGAGUUUGCAUGUUCUCCCCGGGCCUGCGUGGGUUUUCUCCGGGUGCUCCAGUUUCCUCCCACAUUCCAAAAACAUGCAUGGCAGGCUGAUUGGACGCUCUAAAUUGUCCCUAGGUGUGAGCGUGGGCGUGGAUGGUUGUUGGUCUUUGUGUGGCCUGCGAUUGGCUGGCAACUGAUUCAGGGUGUCCCCCACCUACUGCGCGAAGACGGCUGGGAUAGGCUCCGACACCCCCCGCGACCCUAGUGAGGAUCAAGCGGCUCGGAAAAUGGAUGGAUGAAGUUAGGUUGUAUGAAACAUUUGCACAACUCAUUCUAUCCAAGAUCAUUUCUGUGUUUUUAAUGUACAUAUUCUGGAUGUAUAUAUCAUGUGCUAUACUAUGCAGGAGCAGGGGGGGUCACCAACUCUGGUCCCCCAUUCCACAUCCCAUAGAUAUCUCCUAAAAUCCAGCACACCCGAUUCAAAUCAAUCGGGUAUCUUUGAGGAGGGAGACCUGUAAAACAUACUGGAUCGAGGCCCUCGAGGACCAAAGUUGGUGACCCCCCCCUGACUGUAAUAGGUUUUAAGACCGAUGUACUCCUUUCAAUUGUGUUCAGUGCCUCCAUUGAGGACAACAUAGAAUGAAACGUUGACUUUUGCGGUUGAAUAAAUAAACGCUAAAGGCUUUUUGUGGAAA